AUGCCCGGCUUGCUGAAGGAGGAGACGGCGCUGCUGCUGGAUGAUUACUUCCAGCAUCGCAGCGGCGGCUCCGCGCUGCCCCCCAGCCCCACGGCGGCGGCGCUGCGGCGGGCGGCGGCCGAGCUGGAGCGGCGAGAGCGGCCCUUCUUCCGUUCCUGCGCGCCGCUGGCGCGGGCCGAGCCGCGGGAGGCGGCCGCGCUGCUGAGGCGGGUGGCGGAGCAGCUGGAGGCCGACGGCGGCCUCAACUGGGGCCGGCUGCUGGCGUUGGUGGUCUUCGCCGGCACGCUGGCCGCCGCGCUGGCCGAGAGGGGUUGCGGCGAUGGGCCAGCCUGCCUCGCCGCCGAGCUGGCCGCCUACCUGGCUGAGGAGCGGGGCGAGUGGCUGGAGGAGCACGGCGGAUGGGAUGGCUUCUGUCGCUUCUUCGGCAGACACGACUCCCAGUCGGCUGAGCAGAGCAGUACUAUAAGCAAUGCAAUCAUGGCAGCAGCGGGGUUUGGAAUAGCAGGAUUGGCAUUUCUCUUGGCGGUGCGAUAGGCUGAUGGGAAAGUACUCUCAAAACUGACAAUGUACCAGAUUCCACUCUAUUUUCUAUAGAACAGACCCUCUAAGAAGAAGUUUAUAUUUUUAAACUGGCUCGGAAAACUGUCUCACCAAAUCCUUGGCUAUCAACUGCUUCACUUGCUACCCAGUAACAGCACAGAUGUGUACUAAACCACCACUUGUGCAUGUUCAAAAUCCGUUGUUUCCAAACAUCCUCUGGACUUUCUUUUUGAAGGUGUAACCUUAAACUUUAGCAUGGUUCAUGUACUGUAACUUCUGAGUGCUCGAUGUUAUGCUAGGAAAAUGUUACAGUGGGCUUGCUACUAAACCCUGGGGUCAAGGUGUCUAAUUUACAUGGAGGCAAGUCUUUGAGCCCCCCUUCCCUUAACACUGUAAAGGGCAAACGUUGGCCAUGAUUUCACAUGGUUUAUGGCUUCAGGUGCAGCACACAGCACUUGUUACUGAAAGGCAACUCAUUGGUUGAUUUAGAGCAAUUAACGCCUGUGAUGCAAGAAACAUUAGGGCCUAAUAUAACAUAAGGCUGAUUUAAUUACACUACAAGAAGUAUUGAUACAGGAGAGUAAUGGCUGCAGUACUGGUUCUCCUUACUGAAAGGAAAGGAAUUUAAAUAUUAAACCUUAAUUGGUAUAUUGAAAUCCAGUGGAGGCUGGAAUUUCUCUGGAUUUCCGUGACAAAACGAGAAUUUCCAUAUAUCUUAAUAUAUUUUUGAAGUAUUUAUCACUGUAUAAUACUUGUAGCCAUGACAUCUUUAUUUUUGUUUAAAACUUAACGCUGGUUCUUGUUACUCUAGUGCGUAUCAAGCGUUGUCUUGUUUGAGUAAUGUUUCACUCUGUUUUCAACAUGCUGUGUAUUUCUUUCAGUGGUUGUACAAAUUGCCUUAUGUUUCUGGUAACUUUUAAUAACGUUCCUGGGUUACUCAUAGCGUGUACAAUUUUACUAUGGUGACUUCAAAGGUGAAUAAAUGUUAAGUAUUUUUAUUUUAAA